CAGUCACGGGAUCCCACGCCCAGCCCAUCUCUCCCAUAUUCAACUACAAAUACCACCACGUUAGUUCAGCCACGCCAAAGAUUUAGGACCAAUACACCUGAAGUACCGGAUUCUGCUCUAAUAACGUAGGACGAUUAACGCAGCGAGCUUUCGUGUGUAUGCAGUUAUACCGUCAGUGGGCACUGCUCCGUGGGAAUAACGUUAACACUUCAUAUAAAAAACUGGCUGCUUGGAAAAAAAAUAAGAGAGGAAGCUGGUUCUACAGAGUCCGUGCUGCCCCGUCUGCCACCUCGUUCUCUUCCACCCCAACAUGUGCAGGCACCCAAAGAAACUCCACUGACCCUCCAGCCUGUUCGACUCUAUGCAACAGAACCAUCAGCUCUACAAACAGUUUCAGGGUCCGACUCCUCCCUUCGUGCUCGCAGGCUGCCUGCUGGUGAAAGAGGCGGAGGCAGCGGAGCAGCAGCAUCAUGAAGAUCUUCAGCAUCAUGGAGAUCUUUGUGCUCCUGCUGGUCCUUCUGUCUGCACCAGUUUCAGACACAUGGGCAAAGUCAAGAGGGAAUAAUGAAAAGUUAAUUUGCGACCGGAAGCACGAAGCAGCAGUCGGAGACAAUGUGACUUUGGACUUCCACUUUAAACCCGAGUGUGAUGUGACGAGGGAACUAGUCGAGUGGAGAUUCAGAAGCUCUGCUCUUGUCCUCGUUUACAGAAGCCAAGGUUUUUCUCCCAACAAUCAGGAAAAACAGUUCAGUGGCAGAGCGUCUCUUGACGACAGCGGCGAUCUAUCCAAAGGAAAACUUCCAGUAAAGAUUUUAUCGGUUAGCAAAGAAGAUGCUGGAAUAUACAGCUGUUCUAUUGGAAAGGGAGAAGACAAAGUUUCCAACAGUAUGGAGCUCAUUAUUUCAGCUGAUGCAGAUCAGCAAGUCAACAACAAAUCCCAGAAACUCAAUGUCACUUCUUUUGGAGUGGGAUUGGUUACAUCUACAUUCCUGUAUUCACUGUGGUAGUGAGGAAAAGACCGGUACGUCACGUGUUCCUCCACCCCUCGCAGACCCUAUCAUGCGGAAGAAAGUCGCAUAAUGAAGAACCUCUUGAAUACUGCUGCGUUUAUAUACUGUGUUUAUGUUUCUGUGCUGGAGUUCUUUUAAGAACUAUGAGGUUUUAUCCAGAUUAUUAAAUUUUUUAAAUUUUAA